CCUAUGAUUUAAAAAAGCCAAGUCCACGCUUUAUUUUUUUUGACUCUUUUUUUUUUUUUUUCCCUCGAUAAAAACACGUAUUUAAAAAAAUGGUUCAACAAAACAACAAGCAAGUGAUUUUCAGUCAAAUACCUUCGGGUCUUCCUGACCCUAAAAAGGACAUGAGCAUCCGCACGUCCACGAUGGAUCUGGAUGCCCCGUUAGCCAAAGGCGAAUUUAUUUUGAAAACGUUGGAAAUUUCUGUGGAUCCGUACAUGCGCGGUCGUAUGCGUGACGCUUCGAUUGAAUCGUACGCUCCUGCGUUCCCUCUCCACGAACGCAUGACCGGUGACACCAUGUCGGUCGUGGUGCGCUCCCAUCAUCCCGACUACAAGGUCGGCGAUCUUGUCUAUGGCCGUACCGCGUUGGGUCUGUUUGAAGAAUACGUCAAGGUCGAUGCCGACUAUGCCAAACAAGCCUACGUCGUGCGCAAUGACGCGAAAGAAAACAAGCUGCCGUUGAGCCAUUAUGUCGGUGUCUUGGCCAUGCCCGGUAUGACAGCGUACUACGGUCUGCAUGAAAUCGGCCAACCCAAAAAGGGCGAGACGUUGUAUGUGUCUGCUGCCGCGGGUGCGGUCGGUCAGCUCGUCGGUCAAUUCGGCAAGGCAGUCGGUCUCUACGUCGUGGGUUCCGCGGGCAGCCAAGAAAAGGUCGACUAUUUGAAAGAGAUUGGCUUUGACGCUGCGUUCAACUACAAAGAAGGCGAUCUCGAAGACAACUUGCGCAAGCAUUGCCCCCAUGGCAUCGAUAUUUACUGGGAGGGUGUCGGCGGCAAGAUGCUGGAUGCCGUGUUGAGUGUCGCCAACAAUUUUGCUCGUAUCGUCGCUUGCGGUAUGAUUUCUCAAUACAAUUUGGAAAAGCCGGAACCCAUCUAUAACACGAUGAAUAUCGUCACGAAGCGUAUCAAGUUUGAUGGCUUUAUCAUCAUGGAUCAUGCAGCAGAAUAUGAAGACAAGUUUUUGAAAGAGGUGACGCAGCUGUUGGUCAGUGGAAAAGUCAAGUAUCGCGAAGAUAUUGCGCAUGGUAUUGAUCAAGUGCCCGAAGCGUUAGUGAAUGUUUUACGUGGCAAGAACUUUGGUAAACAAGUGGUUCACAUUGCUGAUCUCGAGCCAUAGCGAGGCACGCUCUACUGUCCUUUGCGAGCCAUCUCAUGGAGAGUCGACAUAGGAGUUUUUUUUUUUCUUACAAGAGCAUUCAAAAAUGACGCAGUCAAUCAUCCAUGGAACAGGUUCCCUCCGCUCCCCCCCCUUU